AAACACUGGACAUUGCGCGAGAGAAUCGUAAAAGCUUUUCUUCUGUCCGUGCGAUCGUGAUUCCAGCCGUGGAGAAGAUCGAAAGACUGUAAAGUUCACGGGUUUGAAGAUCGCACGUGCGAACUAACUCGGCAAGGAUUAACGCGAAUGUGCGCGGGACAAUUGGUUGACGUUUUGAUAAUACCACAGUGUGUUUGGUAAAGGAUACGGCAGAUCGCCGCAGCGGUUGUUCUCGUUUGGACCAGUUCCAGCGCGGAUGUGAGACCGCCGACAAGUGAUAUUACGGCCGAUACCACAAUGGUGAACUAUCCUCGGAUCAUGACAUUCAGUUAGUGAUCGUGUGCAUUCCCCGCGUUGUUGUUGUUGCGCGUGUGCAUUUGUGCAGCGUAGCAGUAAGAUAAAAGAAGAAGAAAGAUAGAAGGAGAGAUAGAGGGGGAGAAGGGAGUGAUCGAUGAAAGAAGGUUGUCGUUGUUGGGCAUGAGGCGAGGGAAACAGCACGUGUUCGUCGUAGCCAGAGGCUGGACGAGAUCCUGAUAGCCGCAGCGACCAGGAUCCGGGAUCAUUCAAGGAAGAAAGGAUGCCAGGGGGGCGCAGGGGCCUGGUCGCCCCGCAAAACACAUUCCUCGAGAACAUCAUACGACGGAGCAGCAGUCAACCUGACAGCAGUUUCCUCCUGGCGAACGCUCAGAUCGUCGACUUCCCUAUUGUCUAUUGCAACGAAAGCUUUUGCAAAAUCUCUGGCUAUAAUCGUGCCGAGGUUAUGCAAAAGUCCUGCCGCUGCGGAUUCAUGUACGGGGAGUUGACGGACAAAGAGACGAUCGCCAGGAUCGAGGAAUGCCUCGAGGGCCAGAUUCACGAUCAAUUCGAGAUCCUGCUGUAUAAGAAGAACAGUGCCCCACGAGAAACACCAUUAUGGCUGCUUCUACAAAUAGCGCCAAUAAAGAACGAACGGGACCUAGUGGUCCUGUUCCUGUUGACCUUCCGGGACAUCACUGCCCUGAAGCAGCCAAUCGAGGCAGACGACAGCAAGGGUGGCCUCUCCAAAUUCGCCAAGCUCGCCAGAUCGGUCACCAGGUCGAGAUCUGUUCUUGUCUCACAAUUCAGCUCCCAUCUGCCCGCCCUCAAGGAUUCCGCGUUGCCAACCACCGCGAAGCAAUCACACUUAGCUCACAUGAUGUCCUUAAGCGGCGACGUGAUGCCGCAGUACAGACAAGAGGCGCCAAAGACCCCGCCGCACAUUUUGUUACAUUACUGCGCGUUCAAGGCGAUUUGGGACUGGAUCAUUUUAUGUUUGACUUUUUACACGGCCAUCAUGGUGCCCUACAACGUCGCGUUCAAAAACAAAACCAGCGAGGACGUGUCCUUGCUGGUUGUCGACAGCAUCGUUGACGUCAUAUUCUUCAUCGACAUUGUCCUCAACUUUCACACCACGUUCGUCGGCCCCGGUGGCGAGGUGGUGUCUGACCCUAAGGUGAUCAGAAUGAACUACCUGAAAUCAUGGUUCAUCAUCGACCUGUUGAGCUGCCUACCGUACGACGUGUUCAACGCGUUCGACCACGACGAGGACGGCAUAGGAAGCCUGUUUUCAGCGUUGAAAGUGGUCCGUCUGCUCCGGCUUGGCCGGGUCGUUCGAAAACUAGACCGGUAUCUGGAGUAUGGAGCCGCGAUGCUCAUUCUACUGCUCUGUUUCUACAUGUUGGUUGCUCACUGGCUGGCCUGUGUCUGGUACGUCACUUUAAGGUACUCGAUAGGAAGGUCGGACGCCGAUAACGGAGUCCAGUAUUCUUGGCUGUGGAAGCUGGCGAACGUCACCCAGUCCCCGUACAGUUACCUGUGGACCAAUACCAGCACCGCGCCUGAAUUAGUCGCUGGCCCGUCCAGGAGAACCAUGUACGUCACCGCAUUAUACUUCACGAUGACUUGCAUGACCUCGGUGGGAUUCGGUAACGUCGCCGCCGAAACCGACAACGAGAAGAUUUUUACCAUCUGCAUGAUGAUCAUUGCCGCUCUGUUGUACGCCACCAUCUUUGGUCAUGUGACUACGAUAAUCCAACAGAUGACAUCCGCAACGGCCAAGUAUCACGAUAUGUUGAACAACGUGAGGGAAUUCAUGAAGCUGCACGAGGUGCCGAAAGCUCUUAGCGAACGCGUGAUGGAUUAUGUGGUGAGCACUUGGGCGAUGACCAAGGGCCUAGACACUGACAAGGUACUCAACUACUGCCCUAAAGAUAUGAAGGCGGACAUCUGUGUCCACCUGAACAGGAAGGUUUUCAACGAGCACCCUGCGUUCAGAUUGGCCUCUGACGGUUGCCUUCGCGCCCUGGCGAUGCAUUUCACGAUGUCCCAUAGCGCACCAGGUGAUCUGUUGUAUCAUACGGGCGAGUCGAUCGAUUCGUUGUGUUUCAUCGUGACUGGAAGCCUCGAGGUAAUCCAGGACGACGAAGUGGUCGCCAUUCUCGGUAAGGGUGACGUGUUCGGGGACAGCUUCUGGACAAACCCGUCCGUGGGACAGAGCGCUGCCAAUGUUCGAGCUCUGACUUAUUGCGAUCUUCACACGAUCAAGAGAGAUCGAUUGUUGGAGGUGUUGGAUUUUUACCAGGCCUUCGCCAACUCGUUUGCUAGGAACCUCGUUCUGACUUACAAUCUUAGUCAUCGGCUAAUUUUUCGGAAAGUGGCCGAUGUCCGUCGGGAAAAGGAACUUGCCGAGAGAAGAAAGAACGAGCCACAAUUGGAUCAAGCGCAGGAUCAUCUGGUGCGAAAAAUUUUUUCGAGGUUCAAGACCGACGGGGAUGCCCAGAUCGUUGGCGUGAGCAGGGCCGCGAAUGGACGGUCCCAGGAUUCCGACGAGGAGCUCACCGUGAACGUCCUGCCGCCCUGGCCCAGUUUUAGGUUCCGCAGGGAGAGACACACUGCCGACGUGGAGAAGGGUGAUGGAAAAGAUGGAAAGGAGGGGAAAGAAGGCGAGUCCUCGCAUAGCAGAAAGGUUUCCAUCGCGGAUGACAACACCGUGGUCAAGGGGGGGCGAGCUGGAAAAUGGGGACGACUUUUAGGAAGCUCUAGCUUGGACUCUGGAAGCGAGACAGGAACUGGGGUGGAUACGUUCAAACGUUCUUUAAGCGCGAGAGACGCCCGUCCCAGCUCUAGUGCAGGCAGCAAUAAAGUGUUUCCCAAGUUUGGCAAGUUGAGCGGCACCAUCGAGGAAACGGGAGACGCGGAAGGUGCGAAAGAGGGACAACAACAGCAACAAAAUGUCGCGGACUCGAAACAACUUCAGCUCCGUCGAUUGGAAAGUUACGAUGACGGAUUGAUCACGACCCAACCGAGUCACGAUCGCGAAAUUCUAGCCGCUGUUCUCGAGGUGAAAGUGGAUCUAAAGCUGGAGGUGCAACGAGUGAACCAGAGGCUGGCAAAAAUCGAGGAUAUGCUUCAAACGUUGAUGAACAGGUUGCCCGCGGCCAGCCCACAGCAGCAGAAGAGCACCAAUAAUUUUUCGACGGGUGGGAACGGUGGUUCCUCGCAGAACCAAUCAGGAGGCCAGCCACAGGGAGGAGGAGGAGGGGCAGGUGGUUCGAGCUGCCAACAAGGCUCGCAAGCCACUCAAACGUCGGGAGGGAUUGGGGGGGAGCAGAAGGUUUCUACGUCCACUUCGACGAGCGGAGGUGAAGUUUACAGGGAGCAGGGGACAACGACUGAAAGAAUGUCCAAGUCCCAGGAGCACCAUCAUCAUCAUCAUCAUCAUCAUCAAUCGCAGUCGGACAGGCUGAAGGACAGUGAUUACAAGACUUCCUCGAGGGAAGUGAGCAAGGAAUUAUUGGAAAGACUGGCACAGGCGACUACUUCGAGAGGGGACGACGGUACACCUCUUGGACCUUUGAUAUUGAGGAAACGAAGAAGCAAAUCGAGAAACAAGGGAGCUGCACCGUUGGCACCGUUAGCCAGUCAACCGAUCAGCCCUUCGGAAGCGACAGAGACGACGCAGAUGCUCGAGUGCACCGACGAUAGGGAACAGAGCGCCACAACGACAGAUAGAAGCGAUAGGUCCGACAGAAAGAGGCCCCCGCCCAGGCCCAGAGAGUACUUGUGAAAGUUCUUAAGGUUCCGGGCGGUCGUCUCGAGACUGAUCUUCUUCUAGCGAGAAUCGCAGGAAGGAAUUGCCGUUUUCAUGGAAUAUUUUCAUUUUAAAGAUUAGAAUUAUACGGAAUUAUAAUAGGAUACGAUUUUGACAGGGUUUUGCACGGUUCGAUAAGAUUGUUGUUGUUCUAUUUGAACAACGAUGAAGAAGGAAGUAGUUGUGUAGCUUUUGAAAUGAUAACGCGAUAGUCGCGUGUUUUUUUUUUUUUAGAAAAUGGAAUGCGAUUUGUUGGAAGUAAAGUAAUCAAGAAUUGUAGAAUUUGUGAUUGUUCGAAAAAUGAGAGAAGUUUGGACAAGUGAUUGAGACAAGGAGAAUGACUAUUUUAGCGAACUCUCUUUAAUAAAACGAGACGAGUGUACCGGUAAAAGCAUAAUUUAUCUGUAAAAUUUCACCGUGUACAUUUUAAAAACAUGCUGCAUUAUCGCUACUCGCUUCGCGUCUGGUCUUUAGCGAGCAUUCGUCGGUACACGCGAAGGAUGAGCCUGAUUCUGAGAGAAAAAAGUGAAAAUUUGAUUGAAACAGAAUAGAAAAAAUAAGAAAGAAAAAAAAAGAAAACGAAGAUAAUGUAAGGAAAAAAGCGUGCCGACGAAAACGGUCCCGCUACUAUAUACAAAAUUUUGGCAUAUUUUUGCAUGGCCAAAAACAAGCGAUUAAAAAAUAAAAAAAGUAUCAAAGAAAAAAGAAAAACACAAAAAAGUAUAUCGAAUUAUAUACUGCUUGCGACGGCUUCUUCGAAACAUCGAAACGUUAUAAACGGGAGAAUGAAAAAUUAACAUUCAAAAUACUCACGUUGUAACAUGUAAGGUUAACCACACACUGUAAUCGUAGGUUUACACGCAUCUUUAGGGGAUCUCAGCUAGAUUUGUGAUUGAGCGCGAUAGAUUUUAAGUAACAUUAACAACCAACAACAACAACAACAACAACAACAAAAGAAAACAAGAAAUAAACGAAAGGAAAAAAGUGUGUGAAGAUGAAUGAUAAAAAAAAAUAAUUUGGAAAGGAAAUAACAGGAGGAGCGACGGAGAAAGUGAAAAUGAGGUUAGGUAAAAACUAAAAAUUAAUUCUCGAUCAAUUUUCGAUUCGUUCUAUCGAAAAAAAUAAUUUUUUGAUAAACGUUCCAAUUCUCUAACAAACAACGAUUUCAGCGAAAUUCUAUGAUUGCCCGAAACGUGUUGAAUUUGUCGGUUAAGCAGUAAAUGUAAAAAAGUUUUGAAAAAUCGAUCGAUGAUAUAGAAAGGGAAUCGCAAGGCAAUUAUCGCGUUUUAAUUUUUUAAUUUUUACACAGUCGAACUCCGUGAUUCGAAAUAAAAAUAUAUUUUAUCAUUGCUUCGCUAUCGCUACAUCAUGUUCUUCCUUUUUUCAUAAUUUUUUUUAUUAUUUUUUUUUUUAUUCCAUUCGAUAACUUCGCAAAAAAGGAAUUGGCGAGCGCGUAAACGUUGAUCGAUGGUUUUUUUUUUUUUUCAAUAGUUCCGUCUUAUUGUAAAUCAUGUAUGCUUGUGUAUAUUUAUGAGCGCGUGUGUAUUGUAUGUGGGUGUGCAUACGUGACCACAAUCGGUUACGAGUAUGUAAAUUUUUGAGAAAAUUUGUUGCAGUGAAUCUUAGGAGAACUAUUAUCGACUUUUAUCGAUUAUUAUUGACUUCUAUACUGGCUGUGCUUGCUUAAGUUUAACUUGAUUAAGUUUUAAAUUAAAUUAUUUUUAUUUUUAGACUGUUAAUUGACUUUCCUUUUUUUUUUAUAUUAUUUGUAAGAGAUAUAAAAUUGAUCUAUCGUAUUUUAUUUUUCCUUUUUUCUUCUUUUUGUAUAGAUUUAUUUAAAAAUUGUUAUCAAAAGUGCUCCUAUAGGUCUACACCCUCGUGUCACAUUUUGUAAGUUUCCCUUCAGAAAGUAUUCUCAUUACUCUUUUGAGAAGAUCUCGUUUGUAAAACGAUUCGUGGACCAUCAUCCUCUUAAACGUCUUGAAGAAAAUAUUAUCGUGUUAUUCAAAGAUAAAGCUGUAUGUAAUGAAGAAGAAUUCAAAGUAUAUCGAAAAAAAAAAAACAAAAAAGAAAAGAAAAGAAAAGGAAAAAGUUCUCGUAGGUGCCUAGAAGCUACCGCCAAAAAAAUCAUCCUUAUUUUUUUAAGCCUAUUGAACGUUAUUGUUCCUCCUCGUUGCCUCAGCUUUAUCAUUCGAUGCGUUAAAAAAAAAAAAAAAGAAAGAAAAAA